AUGCAACAACGCAUUUCUCAUCUUAAUCCAAAUGCUCAACCAUUUUUUCCACAAAACCCUAAAACUCAAUCAAGAAUGAUUUAUGUACCAAAACGAACUCGGAUUCAGCAGAAAACUACCAAAAGUACUCAUCAUCGUGUUGGAACUGUUAUUCCAUUUCCAAAAACUAUUGAAGAAGCUGAAGCAUUACACAUUACCACUGUAAUGAUUCGAAACAUCCCUAAUCAGUUUAGGUUCGAUAAUUUGUUGAUGAUUCUUGAUGUUCAUUGCUUUGAAAUCAACAAGAUUCUUGAUGAUCCUGCGGAUUGGUCCAAGUUUGAUUUCGUUUAUUUGCCGAUGGAUUACAUGAAGCAUGCUGUUAAAGGAAAAAUGUCUAAUUUAGGGUAUGCAUUUGUGAACUUUACAACACCUUCUGCUGCUUUCAAGUUCUAUAAACAGUUUCAAGGAUUUGCAUGGAAUGUCACACAGAAUCCAAAGAUAUGUGAAAUAAAUGCUGCUAAAUAUCAAGGCAAAGAAAGUUUGAUUAGGAUUUUCUCCCAAAAAGUAUUCCGAUGCAAGAACCCAGAUUUUUUACCGAUUCUAUUCUCGGCAGGGCGUGAUGGUUUCAAUCGCAGAAUGAGUGGAAUCUCUAUUGGAAUACAUGUAAGGGGAUUGCCAUUCACAAGAAGAAACAUAUGA